AUGAUGGCUUCUAGAAGACUAAUUAAAACCUCUGAAAUGAGACUGGGUUACUUUCAGCGUGGCAGUGGAGGUCUUGGAGACCAGGGCCUCUUUCUUGGAACGGGUUCAGGAGCAGUGUGCUGGGUGAAUGCUGAGGAGUUAGGUCCCACAAUUGAAAUUUUCCACGAGCAUUCUGACGGCAUUAAUCGACUGGAGCAUUCACGAGAUGGCCGUCGUCUCCUCAUGUGCUCGCAAUGGGGUGAACCUUCCCUUUGCUUGGCUCGUUUCGCCCUGCGUGGCAACUCUGAGGGCGGCAAUACAACAUCUGCAACUACUCCAUUCAUUUCUACCAUGGAUGAACCAAUAAUUCCUAGAAGUGGUUGCAAACACGCGGAGUUCAGUCGUACUGGUCUGCAAGACAUGAUUGUCGCAACCUAUGGAAAGGUUGCAAAGAUAUUUGACGUGGCAACAGGUCAGUGUAUUACUGAACUCUUUUCUUCGGCGAAGCAGAGCGAAUACGACGCCAACAAGGCCACCUUCUCGAUGGACGAUCAUCUCGUGCUUAACGAUGGUGUUGUUUGGGACGUGCGGAGUCGGGUCACCCCGACGUCCCCUGUGCACAAAAUUGACAAAUUUCAGGAUGUUAUUUCGGGAGUAUUUCAUCCCAAUGGUUUGGAGAUUAUUGUCUCCUCGGCAGUCUGGGAUAUGCGAACAUGGCGACUCCUCAGGACUGUUCAAGCACUAGAUAAGUUCGAGUCAACCUUCUCAGAAAAAGGAGACAUUAUAUACGCUGCAUGUCUCGACCGCAGUUCAAAUUCCACCAUAGAGGAUUAUCAGGAAAGUUCAAUACAGACGAUAUUCCGCACCAUGGAUGCAUUGGACUACAGUCUCAUUGCCUCAAUAGACGUGAAGCAUCCUAUCGUCCAAUUAGCCGUCGAUACAAGGGACAUGCGUUUGGCCGUUGUGGAGAAUUUCCAUGACAACAGUGACAACCUUGGCCAAUGCCGAGUCUACUCCAUUGGACAAAAGAAGUCGGCACGAGAGAUGGAGAACGAUGAGGAUGAUAACGAUUCAAGCUCCAGUCACCAUGACGACGACGAGAUGGAUGACAUGAUUUUCAGGCGGUCGUCUUAUUCGCAAUCAUCUGACGAAGAUAAUGUUGAGGAAGAUUCGACAAGUUCUGAAAGUGGUGAAAGCUCAAGUGGUUCGGACUCCUCGUGGGUAACCGAAGAAGAAAUGGAAUUAUCCACUAUACCCGAAGAGAACGGAAGUCCUGAAGACAGCAGUUCAUGA